CCGGCGGUUAAUGUGUUGAAACGAACUCGCUCUCCCCUCCCCGACAGAGUUUUAUUCUAUUCUCAUGUACGAUAGCCCUAUCGCGGGUCGGAGAGGGGCGGGGAGUCCAAAUUAAGAUAUUCCCAGGCAUGAAAGGGAAAUAUGUAUUCCGUAUCCUAUGAUAGACUUGCGGUACUCGAGCAUCAUCACACCUCCCACCACCGCCGCUACCCUACCCCUCUCCCUGAUUGGCGGGAGGGGGGAGGGGGUUCACUCGAGCACGGUAUUAUAUAGAGCAAUUUCAUUUCCACCGAAUUCUCGUGUCGCUUGUUUGUUGAACUGCAUUCUGGGAAUCUGCAUUGUUUUGUUUUGAUUGUUUUUUACUUUCUUUCUUUCUUUCUUUUUUUGCCCUUUCCCUCCCUCCUUCCUUCCUUUUUCUCCCUCUCAUUCCUUCCUUUUUGUUUAUUCCUCCUCGCUCAUUCUUUUCUUCUUCUUCUUCUUCUUCUUCCUCCUUCUCAUUCUUAUAUCAGACGGGGUGGUGCCCUCCGCAUUCCCUUCCUCUCCUUCGGGUUUUGUUGAAACGGUCGUGCCUGCACCCGCUUCCGAACCGACCACUAUAACACCACUCUCCUUUUUUGCAUAACCUGUGUGUCUACCUAUAUACACGGUGAGGACGCCGUCGGUACUUGCUCGUUACGGGUGACCACAUACCACGAUACAAUACAUAGAAUAUUAUACAGGGAAAUACCCUUUAGAGUUUGAUACUCCGAAUUUCACCGCUCUUCAGCACUUUUUUCUUUUCUUUUCUUUUCCCUUCCCUUCCUUUCUUCCUUUCUUUCCUUUUUCCUCUUCCCUCCUUCGGCCAUUUUUUGGACCCUCCUUUCGGUCUUACCUUUCUUCCGUUCCCCGUCCAACGUUACUUCAGCCUUUUCUAUUCCAAAGUGGAUCCACCAAUAUAAGACUUUAAUACCGCCCACAAACUCACUUACCCACCCACCCACCAACUCGCCCGCUCGCCCACUCACUUAUACACUCCCUCCUCCUCCUGCUCCCAACUGCAUACACUCUCUUGCCAGCAAAAAAAAAACCGCGAAGGGGGGGUGAAGCAAAAAAAAAAAAAAAAAGAUGCACCAAACAACACUGAAUGACGCCGCCCUCGCCCUCUCACGCGUCCUGACCUUCCACCGGAUCCACCACACAUUCUUCGGCGGCUUCGCAAUCCUGGCCACGGGCGCCGACCACCGCGAGUCGAAAGACCUGGACGUCCUCGUCUCCGCCCCCAAAUCCACCAUAACCGAGAUCCUCUCGGACCGUCGCGACUGGCUGGAGAUACCCCAAUCGAGGGAGGACUACGUGGCCUACUUUUGGAAUUCCAGCUCCUUCACCACCUCACCGCUCGAGCCGAAGCACAUGGUGCUGGUGGAGAUGUUCGUGGGCCAGCACGACAAGGCUCGCUUCCCCGAGAGUCGGAACACGGUGCUCAGGGGCUGCAAGAUGGGGACCAGCUACGUCCCCAUCGUCAGCGAGGACGUGCUGUUCCGUGGAAAGCUGAAUGCCUGCGCGAGCAGGGGGAAGAGGAGCGAUGCUCAGGAUGUCGACUACCUGGUCUCCACGUACGGGGAGAGGUUGAAGGUGGUCGCCAAGAGUUUGGAUAAGAGGACCGUGGGCUUGGCCGUUAGGAGGCAUCCUGAACUUAGGAAGGUACUGGCCGAGUUGGGCAUCGGCACCCGUGGCGCCGUUUGGGGGGUCAGGAAGGCCAAGAUUGAAGUUGCCGUUGUGCCCCAGAAGUGGGAUGUGCAUCGGGGGUUGGGGCUCGAGUGUGCUUAGGGCAUUCAUUCAUUCCUUUUUCUUUUCUUUUCUUUUCUUUUUUUUUUUUUCGUUGUCAUGGCUGUUGAUGAUGGGUUCGGAAUUGGGUUGGGUGGAGUUUUUUUUUUCCUUCUUCUUUCUUUCUGGGUACCGAUUAUGGAGGGGAAGGAGGUUGGGUGAUGAGGGGGUAAUGGUGUGGGAUAUCCGUUCGUUUUAUUUUUCGGGAAAAAAAGGUGCAUCGGUUUUGGUUUCUGUUCUUUUUUUUUUUUUUUUUAUAUUUUUUUAUUACAUCUCCACUUGUUUUUCACAUCUUGUUUAGCGAUGCAUAGCGUUGGUUCCUGUCGUUCAUUGGUGGGGGGGAUACUACAAAAAAGGGGCAUGACAUUCAUUUGGGCAUUAUACUGAACCGGUCUUAUGAGAUCGGAGGAGUAUGUAAUAAGUUAGAUAGGGUCUAGUUUUCAACUAAACUAGACUGAGUGAGUGAUAAAGUGUGUUUAGAUUUUUUCAUUAUUCUUCUCUUUUCCUCUUUUUCCUCUUUUUCCUCUUUUUCUUUCAACUCUCUAUAUAGCUAGCUACGGUGGUUAACUUGGUCGUAUAAAAUGGAAUACAGAUGCGGUAGAUGGUACAACCGUACAAGUAUUAAUAUUUCGAUUAUAUGGUACGAUACUGUGUGGGUGACAUAAAAGCAUAAACCUCGCUAUAAUGGAAGUCGCUUCCAUCUUUAAAAGAUUGGUGUGUGUAGGGUUAUAGAAACUGGACGGUCCCUUGCAUGCUUCUCCCGUCCAGUUGUUGAUGGGGGAGGAGCAUACGGUAGUCUAGCGGGACUGUACUCGUACUAGGGUAACGGUA